CUGUGGUUAAAGCGAUGUCAAAGAGGACUUGUGCUGUUUCUAAAAUAGCAUCUAGCAUUUGGGUUGAGAGAGUAAUAAGAAAGGUUGCUGGGUGCAACUAAUAAGAUCACAACCAACUUUGAGAUAUCAAGUUCCAGUCUACCUUGCAUUCUCACAAAAUGGUAUCCUCUUCUGACUGUAAUACAGACAAAUAUUUUUUUUUUAGUCAAAUGCACUCUGUAUUUGGUUUUACAUGUUAAAUCAUGACAUAAAAGCUUCAGUUCACCAUUAUCAUUUAUAACUCUAAAUCAAUUUUUCAUAAUGGUUUGGUUUCCUGGCCCAUUUAUUCAGGAAGUCUAACCACAGUUUUACUUUGCACACAACUGAACAAAAUGGCCUAUAAACCAGUCAAAUUUAGUCAAACCAAGCUUGGUAAUGAUAAAUAAGCACAAUGGCAUCACUUUAAACAGGACUUAAAAUGGUAGCAUGCUAAUAGGUUAGCAUCACUGGGUAAGUGUAAACAGACAUCAGUCAUUUGCACAACAUAUAAGUUACUUUUUACCAAUCCAGCAAAACUAAUUAUUUGAUAAAAUACCGUUGAGUGUUUAUCUCCAUAUAAAGCAUUUGUCACUAGCUGUGUUCAGUGAUUGUGACUACACUCCAGACCUGUGCUUUUUCUCGAUGCCGUAGUUACUUAAACUUUGUCCAGUGUCCUGGAAUCACAUGAAACCCGUGAGGUUAUUGCCACAGUUCAUAAAGCAUUCAUUGAAGAGGGCUUGAAAAUCACAAUGUUUUGGCACUUUACUAUCUGUCAAGUGCUUACAAGUCAUUGUUCUUUUUAUAGAGGCAAAAAAGUCAUUCUGCAUUCAUAGAGACAGUGGGCAUCAUGACCUCCAACCAACAAAGACCAAGAACCCGCUUGAGCCUCCGCUCAAACACAACUGUACAUUAUGGGUCCUUGAGCUCUGAGCAACCAGAUAGUGAUGCAUCCUCCAUGCAAACAAACUCCAUCUCUCAGAAACGCUCCUAUAUCGCAGUGGCAGUGCUCUGCUAUAUCAAUCUUCUCAACUAUAUGGACCGUUAUACUAUAGCAGGUGUGCUGCUUAGCAUCCAGAAUUACUUCGGAAUCCCUGACAGCACAUCUGGCCUCCUACAGACAGUUUUUAUCUGUAGCUUUAUGCUCUUGGCGCCAGUUUUUGGUUACCUCGGAGAUCGCUAUGACAGGAAGCUUAUCAUGAUUGCUGGGCUGAUUGUGUGGAUCAUCACAACACUAGGCAGCUCUUUUGUCAAAAAAUCGCACUUCUGGGUUCUGCUCCUGACAAGGGCCUUGGUUGGGACAGGAGAGGCCAGUUACUCAACCAUAGCACCUACUAUCAUUGGUGACUUGUUCACUGGCACCCAGAGAACUCUCAUGAUCUCCUUCUUCUACAUCUUCAUACCGGUUGGAAGUGGUCUUGGAUAUAUAUUGGGGGCAACUAUAGCUAAUGCAACAGGGGACUGGCGUUGGGCCCUGAGGUUCAGUCCAGCUCUAGGAGGCCUGGGUCUGCUGCUGCUGGUGUUUCUGAUUCCUAAUCCUCGCCGUGGAGCCUCCGACAACAAAGGAGGAGCAACCAUGGAAAGCACCUCUUAUAUUGAGGACAUCAAGUACCUCCUGAAGAAUCGGAGUUUUGUCUGGUCUUCUCUUGGUGUGACUGCUAUGGCUUUUGUCACAGGGGCUCUGGCCUUCUGGACCCCCACCUUCCUGUCUCGUGCACAGAUUAAACAGGGUCUCAGACUACCUUGCAAAGAAGAGCCCUGUAACCCUUUAGACAGUUACAUCUUUGGAGCAAUCACAGUGGUGACGGGGAUUGUGGGAGUGUUUCUGGGCACCUACAUAUCAAAGCAGCUGAGAGUCAGACUGCCCAACGCAGAUCCUCUCAUAUGUGCUGUAGGCAUGCUCAGUUCCUCCCCCUGCUUUUUUAUUGCCAUCAUCCUGGCGGGCACCAGCAUCCCGGCCACAUACACAUUCAUUGCUAUUGGAGAAACUUUGCUGUCCCUUAACUGGGCUAUUCUGGCGGACAUUCUGUUGUAUGUUGUUGUGCCUACUAGAAGAGCGACAGCUGAAGCCUUACAGAUUAUGGUCUGUCAUCUCCUUGGAGAUGCAGGAAGUCCAUACCUUAUUGGGGCGAUCUCAGAUGCUCUGCUCAAGUACAAUCCAGAAUCUUCCCACUGGGAUUUCCGUAGACUGGAAUAUAGCAUUCUUUUGUGCCCCUUCAUUGGGGUUCUGGGAGGCCUGUUUUUUUUAAUGACCUCUCUGUAUAUCAAAGAGGACAGGAAAGCAGCAGAACUGCUCACUUCAGUCACUCAGAAUGACAAACCGGAAGCGGUUGAGGAUGGAGCUACAGCAACAAAGAGUCAACUCACUGAAGAUCAGCUGCCUCAGUAA